CCUGCAGAAUGGUGCCCAGCUCUGGGCCCCAAGCUAAAGGAGCACAUGGACCUGCUGAUCCAAGGAGAGCCACAGAAAUGGGCAGGAGGCUGGAGCACCUCCCCUGUGAGAACAGGCUGAGAGAACUGGGGUUAUUUAAUGUAUGGAGAGAAGAGAAAGCUUUGGGGAAACCUUUCAGCAGCCUUCCAGUACUAUGAAGUGGCCUACAAGAGAAAUAGGGACUUUGGACAAACUCAUGUGGUGAUAGGAGUUGUUGAGGACAGCAAAAUGGGGAAAGGAGUCAGUACACUGGAUGGCAGGGCUGGUAUUUGUAGGGACAGUUUGGAGAAGCAGGUUGGCAUGAACGUUAUAAGUCUGACAUAAAUAAAUAUGUCAUCUUACAUCUGGGAAAGGACAAGCCUGUGCAAUCAGCAGAGGCUAGGGGCCUGGCCAGGAAGCAGCUUUGUAGAUAAUUGUCAUAGUUGAGAUGCAGACAGUACAAAGCAACACUCCAUUUUCAGAAGGCUUCAAACCCAGUUCUAUUAUGGCAUGCAUGCUUUUUAUACAUUCUUACAAAACUCAUCUGUUUACACUUUACUCACUUUACUCAAACAAAGUGCUCAUUGGAACAGACAGUUGCAAGGUUUUCUUAUUUCUCCUUCUUUCUUUCUUGGUUUCUCUGUCAAUGACCUUGGUAGGAAAUUCUUUCAGGGGUAAACAUGGAUCCCCUAAUCAAACUUCUCUCUGGCUCAGAGAAGUCACUGUAAAACCUCUUCCACAGAUGAUGAUUUUUGUGUAUAACUAGCUGAUAAGAUGAGGAUACAUAGAGCCUUCCUGGAGGUGUACAAUAAGAUGAAAGGCAGUAGGCACUAAUUGGAACAUCCUAAGUUCUCACUGAAUGUAAGGGAAUUUGUUUUGAUUUUUUGUUUGUUUUGUUUUGCUUUGUUUUGGUUUUUCCCUAUAAGACUGGAUAUAUACUUGAACAGUUCAUAGAGUUUGUGAGACUUAAUGACUUCCAGAAAUCCCUCCUGGAUUAAUCAUAAAUGGUUCUAUGAUUUUGUGUUCUAAUAAUUCUAUAGUCCAAUACACAUUUAUAGUCCUCUGUAUUGCUCUUGUUUGUGCAGGGAUAAAGAAUGGAAGCAAAGAACGUCACCACCACAGUGACAGAAUUUGUCCUGCUGGGCCUGACACAGAGCCACAAGCUGCAGUAUUGUCUCUAUGUGAUCUUCUUUGUCAUCUAUGCAUUAACCUGGCUGCUGAACUUCACCAUCAUGGCCACUGUGGCUGUGGACCACCAGCUCCACACCCCCAUGUACUUUCUCCUGGCCAACCUCGCUUUCCUUGAUGUCAGUGAUUCCUCAGUCAACACUCCCAAGCUCCUGUCAGGCCUCCUCAGCCAGCACAAAGUCAUCUCCUUCAACCAGUGUUUCCUCCAGAUGUUCUUCUUCCAUUUCAUUGCAGGUGCAUUGGCGUUUUUGCUCCUGGUGAUGAUGGUGGAUCGCUACGUGGCCAUCUGUGAGCCCCUGCGCUACCGGGCCAUCAUGAGCUGGAGAACCUGCACAGGGCUGGUGGCAGCUGCAUGGCUGGGGGGAUUUCUUCAUUCUCUUACUCAAACUGGCCUUCUCCUCCAGCUGCCCUUCUGUGGCCCAAAUGUACUGGACAAUUUCUACUGUGACAUCCCUCAAGUCAUCAAACUGGCCUGCACUGACACUCGCAUGGCCAAGCUACAGAUGGUGUUCAACAGUGGAGUGAUCCUCAUCAGCCUUUUUGUAAUCUUGAUUCUUUCCUACAUUGUCAUCUUGCUGAAGAUAAGGACGUGCAUCACAGAAGGGAAGCGAAAAGCUCUGUCUACCUGUGGAACACAGAUAACUGCUGUGAGCUUAAUAUUCAUCCCCUGCAUCCUCACCUAUGCCCAGCCUUAUAAGAAAUCCCCUGGGGACAAGGUGGCUUCUGUUGUUUUCACUGUGGUCACUCCAAUGUUAAGCCCAAUGAUCUACACACUCAGAAAUACUGAGAUGAAAAAGGCCAUCAGGAGAACACUGAGGAAAAUAUUUCUGUCAGCAGGAAAACAGAAACCAGAGUGGACAGUAGAUCCAAAGUCAUCAAAACCGGUGUUCCCAUGACAAAACUGAUAUUCCUGAUAAACUGAUACUGUUCAUCCCUGAUAUUCCUGUAUAGAAGAAUGUAGGGUGCCCCCAACUCUGGGAAUGGUUGGUAUCUGACUCUAUUGAUUCAGAAUGGUAACAACUGCUUUAUUAAACCAUUCUAUAUUACAUUAAAUAAAGUUUUCUUUGCC